AUGCGGUCUAGUUAUGUUUUGCGACUGCUGACUUCACGGAGGAUAUGAUCUCGAUGGUCUCGGAUGAUCUCCGGUUGCGCAAUCCUGGACUUCUCUCGCUUGAGCUUUGAGACUCAGGCAGUCAGUCCAAAGAAACUUUUAUUACAGUAACUGCAGGCGACAUUCGCACUUCUUCUGUGAAGACUGAGCUGGACCAGAUAUUGUUAUGUUUUUCACACUAUGUGCUGAACGCCCACGAUGUCAGGAAAUAUUUAAGAAGCGUGAUCUUUGGAAGAGCUUUAUCGGUUCCAGUGGAACCUUUAGGACUUACUGUCAUAUUGUUUUACGCAAAACGCAUAUAGACACAAAUGCAGCAAUAAGAGAAGAUCUUGGGGACCGGUGCAUCACAGACCGAGCUUCGCUACAAUGCCCGUGCAAGCCCCGCAAUGGACCGAGUUUCUGUUGUGUCCCAUCUGCACACAGACCUUCGAAGAGAGCCACCGCAAGCCCAUCAGCCUGGGAUGCGGCCACACUGUGUGCAAAAUGUGCCUAAACAAACUGCACCGCAAAGCCUGCCCGUUCGACCAGACCAACAUCAGCACGGACAUCGAGCAACUGCCCGUCAACACAGCGCUGCUGCAGCUCGUCAGCGGACAGGUACCCAAAGCUCCCCCCGUCACUUUACUGACAGCUGCAGAGGACGUCAAGCACUAUGAGGAGUCCCGCACAUGUGUGGAGGACCUGGCCCUCUAUCUCAAACCCCUGAGCAACAUCAGAGGUGCAGGGCUGAAUGGCGCCGCUCAGAGCCUUCUCAGCAGACCUAUGCAGAGGAAGCUGGUGACUCUGGUUCACUGCCAGCUGGUGGAGGAGGAGGGCCGCAUCCGGGCCAUGCGGGCCGCCCGCUCUCUGGGUGAACGCACUGUCACUGAGCUCAUCCUCCAGCACCAGAACCCCCAGCAGCUCUCCUCCAACCUGUGGGCCGCCGUCAGAGCCAGAGGCUGCCAGUUUCUCGGCCCUGCUAUGCAGGAAGAAGCACUGAAGCUGGUCCUGCUCGCUCUGGAAGAUGGUUCGGCCCUCUCACGGAAGGUUCUAGUCCUGUUUGUGGUCCAGAGACUCGAACCACGUUUUCCUCAGGCCUCGAAAACAAGCAUAGGACACGUGGUGCAGCUCCUCUACAGGGCCUCCUGCUUUAAGGUGACCAAACGUGAUGAAGAUUCCUCCUUGAUGCAGCUGAAGGAGGAGUUUCGCACAUACGAGGCUCUCCGGAGGGAACAUGACUCUCAGAUCGUUCAGAUCGCGAUGGAGGGCGGCCUGCGUAUCGCCCCGGACCAGUGGUCAUCUCUGCUGUACGGCGACCAGUCGCACAAAUCCCACAUGCAGUCCAUCAUAGACAAGCUGCAGACACCAGCAUCCUUUGCUCAGAGUGUGCAAGAACUCACCAUUGCCCUUCAGAGAACCGGCGAUCCAGCCAAUCUCAACCGCCUCAGACCCCAUCUGGAGCUCCUGGCCGACAUCGACCCCAGCCCAGAUGCCCCUGCACCCACAUGGGAGCAGCUAGCCAAAGGGCUGGAAGCGGUGCGGACCGUCGUUCACGGCCUGGUGGACUUCAUCCAGAACCACAGCAAAAAAGGAGGGGAUCAGCAGCAGCCGCCUCAGCACAGCAAAUACAAGACCUACAUGUGUCGGGACAUGAAACAAAAAGGCGGCUGUCCUCGCGGAGCAAGUUGCACUUUCGCUCACUCUCAGGAAGAGCUUGAAAAGUACCGUAAGAUGAAUAAACGUUUGGGAAUGAGGCGACAGCUCAGCCAGUCCCUGACCCAGCUGAACGAGAUGGACCUCGGCUCCGGUCUGUUAACUGACGAUGGGCUGCUGAUGGAGGGACUCCCACGCAAACACUCCUCCAUCACUAACGUCAUCCUAGCAGCAGGACCUGAUUCCACACUAGCCCACCUUGUUUCCAGAGGCUCGGACCCGUCAUAUGACCCAACACACAAACCAGGGAACUCUGGGAGCCUCAGUGCACCUGGCUCCCCUCCAGACUCAUUGGAAUCCAUCCCAAAAGCAGGGAUGCUCAUAAACUCUCACUCCAGGGUAACGGGUGAAGGUGCAGUCGGACAGAAGCACAUGCCUGCGGUGCCUAGAGGUCCUCACAUGUACUCACCACACCCGUCUGAACGGUAUUACUCUGACCCAAGAGUCCCUGUGCCACCCUCUGCCCAAUAUGAAUCCUCCCAGUACCCUGCAGGUAAUCCUUAUCCUCACCACCAUGUGCACACACGUUACGCUCGCAAUCCGACUCCAGAUCCAGGAAUGUCAUCAUAUCCGGACUCCUAUUCCAGCUCCUAUUCUUCAGAGCUCCAGUGCGCCAACGCUAGCUCCCAUUACGGAUACCCUUCACACCAUGACGGCCGUCGCCACUCAGCCUACACCCAUCCUCAGACAUUGCCCCCACGGGAGGUGGUGCGGAGGAGUCCGGACGUUCCCCCGCCGCUACCACCCCAAAACGCUUCGUACCUGUCAGAGCCAGACAACUAUAACCACUCCAGUCACAUGAGGAGUUACCCGAGGAGUGCCUACACACGACCUCAGCCGUCCCUGGACUACCUGCACCGCCGAAGACAGGAGAUCAUGGCCCAGCUGGAGGAGAGAAAGUUGGCUUCCCCGUCACCAUUCAGCGCCUCACACACAUACGACCCCAGCUACCCUCAGGACACGAGGGGGCAGAGCCAUUACAUGGAAGACAACUCCCACAGUUUUGGACACUUCCGGGAACCGGACUACACCAGCUCGUAUUCGCCUUGGUCAUGUGACACCUUCGGUUCCUACAUUGGCAGCAAAGAUAUAAAGUCCAAGGAGGGCAUGAACUCCAUGGACACACAAAAUAUAGACAAAGGCAAAAAUCUGAGAGCACAUGGCUUGGAGCUUCAGCGCAGAGCGGCAGACGGCAAAGACGACGACCCCAUCAUUCCCUUUGGCUCCCUGCCCACCGUGUCUCGUUUCGGAGCCAUCUCGCGCACGUCUAAACCGGGCUACCCGCCAAACAGUCCCAUGCCACCCAUGCCAAACUCAGCCAAGCACAGCGCUUCAGCUGCUGACUACACCUAUGCGAAGCAAGGCGGGUGGAGUGGUGACUCCUACCAGCCACACCAAACGUCUCAGGGGCACUUCAGGGAGCGAACCAGUUCAUCCCCUGCUGUGCAGGCGCGAGAGCAGCUGAAGAUGGAGCUACAGAAGGUCAACCUCCAAAUCAGCCAACAGACACAGAGUCGCGGCCUAGAGAACCCGAGCUCAGUCAUGUCCCAGCCGUCUCGAGGGGACUUGUCGUCCAGUGGGCAGGUGAGUCUGGAGCUGCACCAGGUGGAGAGCGAUAUCUUCAUGAAGAAACAGGAGAUGGCCAUGGAGAACCACAAUGGCAAGUACAAGCGGGUCUCAUUGGAAAAUGGACAAGACGAACACACUCUGCAGCGAGAUGAACAUCCAGUCACUCUUAGUAGUUCUCAUGGUGGUUCUCUCUCUGAUUGUAGUGAGGGCUCAAACGGCUCCAUCCAGGACUGUGAUCUCGUCAGCAGCAGCAUGUCCUCGCUGACCAGCAAGACGUCCUCUCUCAGUUUGUCCUCCGAACAGGUGGCCAGCAGCCCUGAUUUGCCCAAGAACGGAGUCGACCACUCCUAGCCGGCUCUUUCUACCUCAGAUUCCCCUUGCGCAGCCACCUCUUAUUCUCUAUUAGGCCAGGUUAAACGCUGAAAACGCUGUAUUCACUCGCUCAAUCCUGAGCGCUUCGCUUCCUCCGCUGACCCUCAAACACCCAUCAGGCAAAUAUGGGUGGGAUUCACUGUGCAUGUGCCUCAGCAGACUUGCACAAUCAUGCCCUGAAUUAACAGCAGUUUUUUUUUUUUUUUUUUACAUUUUUUAUUCCCCUCCUUCCCAAGACUAGCCUUUUUUCCAUAGCGGCGUAAAUCAGGGUGAAUCUGAAAAAUCCAGAGUCUUAAGUGUAUGUCAGGCAGCAUAGAAAAUGAUCUCAGAUCUCAGUUAUGUUGUUUGACUAUCAUUAAUCCACUAUCUUGGGUUUCAAAAUUGCAUUUUUAUCAUUGUGCUACGUUUUGGGUAGUUAUGCUCUGUUGUGCUUGGUGUGGCGUGUCCACUACUGUCAGAGUUUACAGUGUGUGAAUGGAUUUCUUUUGUUUUCUUUACACAGUAACUGCAGGCGUUCUGCAUAUUCAACCAAUUUUGAUGGUUAAAACUAUGUAUCAUGUUUCAGACAUUAGGCUUCAUUUAGGCCUUUACAGUGUGAUUGCUGCGACGCACAUUAUUGUCUAUUACAGAAAUCCUCGUAAACCCCCAAUGCUCACUGAUUUGACCUCAAUUGCUCUCUUGCCAACAAACCCAUAAGCCUUUUCCAGUCUUAAUAGGGCCCUUGUAUUGUUUUCAGCAUAUUACACUACGCUGCCUGUGGGAUUUCGAUUGAACCGCCUGUAAUCAUCAUUUUCUGUUGUAAUGUCCUCAGGGAUGCAUUAUUCGGCCUCUGUAUUUUGUGGACGUGAAUAGAAAUAACAAUCCAGGUCACUCUGUUUUUUUUCAUAGUGGGUAUAGUAACAUUUUUCCAUCCUGGGGAUGGAAAGAAAGCUGCUGUGGUAAUGCAUAAAGAUGCAUUCUGUUCUAAGAGUGCGUAUAUACUACUCUUCACUUUGUCAGUGAAAAUUAUGAUCUUCAGUUCAGAUCAAGCCACAUUUCUGUUUGUUUUUUUGUAUAUGUGGUGUUUGUCAUCCUGAAAAAUGUGGUGUAUAUUCAAAGCAAAAAGAAAGACUUUGAUCCAGUUGUAGCCGCCUCAAGACUCCUUCAUUCUCCAUUUCGUCUUUGAGGUGUAAAGAAGGUUGUUUUGAUGGGCCGGUUCGAUCGAAUUCUCCUACAGGCUGGGCUCAAGCGUGUACUUCAUUUUAAUACUGAUCGGGGGAUUAACUGAGCUCCUUUACUUUGCUUUACCGUCACAUGGCUUGCAGGAGACUGUUUGGACUUGAAAAGCUUGGACUCCUUACAUUUUUAAAGGACUAGUUCACCCAAAGAUUUGAACAGAAUCAGUACUUGCUCACCAAUGCAUCCUCUGCAGUGAAUGGGUGCCGUCAGAAUGAGAGUCCAAAAAUCUAAUAAAAACAUCACAAUGAUCCAUACCACUACAGUCCAUAAAUGAAUCACUUGUGAAGAGAAAAGAUGCAUUUUUGUAAUAAACAAAUCCAUCUUUAAGACAUUUUUAACUUCAAACUGUUGCUUCUGGCUAAAGUACAAGUCCUUAAUAUUGCUUUCGUCAGUGAAAAUGUCAUGUCGUUUGAACCAGAAGAGAAAUAUGCGCAGAUCAAGCACCAUUUAUAAUUGAAAACAGAUAUUGAGGAUAACCGAGGAUGGAUUGUUUUUUUUCCACUGGAUGAAGCAUUAUUACAGAUUAUGGAGGCAUAUUAUUGGCCAAAAGCAACGCUUUCAAGUUUUUAUUUAUGUGAAAAGCUGCAUGUUUAUAAGAAAGCGCAUUCAUUGAUUGGAGUGGUGUGGAUUACUUGUUGAUUAUUGUGAUGUUUUUAUUGGCACCCGUUCAUUACAGUGGAUCCAUUGUUGAGCAAAUAAUGUAAAUAUAUUGGUUGAUAGAGCCCCGACGCCAGUAAGUUCUUUCGUGUUGUUGGGCGUAAAAGGAAAUCUUUGUAGAAUCUGCAGACAUUUUUCACAUUUUCUCUGCAGGUUUUGGAAGAAAAACUGACAGCAUUAUCAAACUAGCCAAAAUAAACCAGCAAAGACGCAAUAUGGGGAUAAAGUGUUGGCAGACUCUGCUCAGACCUUGGCAAAUUGUAUGAGUUUUUAUAUAUAUAUAACACUUGCACUGUUAAUCUCAAACUUGCUUCCUUCCAUGUAGUUGCUUCCUUGGUGGUGAGAUCUCUUCACUUACAAAACAUUGUCAGCUGCAGUAAUUUAGCUUUAAGUUAGAGGUCAUUUUAUUUUAAUUGUAUUAUUUUUUUAAUAGUUUUUUUUCUGCUAGCAUGUAAUGGUCUCUUGAGACAUCCUACCACAUCCUUAAAAUCACCUAUUUUGGUGGAACUUCUCUUAAGUUGGAGUAGAUUUCAGUUGUUUUUAUUUUUUUAUUUUUGUUAUUAUUACUGUCGCUUAGGUCUGAGCUUUCGACAUUUUAAGCAAUCGUAAAGAUUGGAUUUUGCAACUUCGUUUAGGGUAACCACUGUGAAGCACAGUGUAGACUUGAAGGAUAGCACGAAUUUACCCAAAAUUAGACAUUUUGAAAGGAACUGAGCAAAGCAGAUGCUUUUUGUUGUUGAGUUGAAGCAACCAAAUGGAUUACGAACCCUUGGUUUAAAAAGGCAAAGGCAUUUUAAAACGCUCUUGUUGGUAUUUUUAGGAUCUAGAAGUCCUAGGUCCACCUGGGUAACAUCAUCUUUAUUUUUUCAGUUUAAAGGAACACCUCUGUCUUUAUCUCAGGGUUGAUUUAAGUGUAUUUGGGUGUAAACGUCAUGUUGUGCACGCUUUUUUUUUUUUCUUCAGGACUGCAAUUUAUGCUUAAAUAUUUUCAGGACUUGAAGACUGUGCCUUUAUGCAGAUGUGCAGUUAUUCACGCGUUUGGUGUUUAGAUGUAGCCGUACCAUCUCGAUUUAUAAUAUUCAACUCUUCUUAGUCUUCUAAGUCAGCAUUUAUAUUAAAUGAUCUCUACGAAUCUGCAGGCGUUCAGGCCGCCAAACUGAGUACUGCCUAUCCUUUCUGAGACAAAGGAAUUUAUUGCCAGGUCAUUUGUUUUUGUAGCCAUUUUAUGUACGUUUCAUGCAAGUGAACUUGAGUAUUUAAGCAUGUUUCAUGGUGUAAUGGUCUUUGGAUGUUAGGGUUCUGAAUUGAAACAGGAAAACAAGGACAGUGUGUAUUUUAACGUAAUUUGAUAUCCAUAUUCAGAGAGAAAAGUAUCAAGGCUUAAUUUAUUUUGACAUUAUUAGAGGUCUGAUAAUACAUAUAAACAAAUCAAUCUUUGCUGAUCUCAUUAAAGCCAUUAAUACAAUCCCUGAAAGUUCCUUUGUACCUAACCAAGACUGAUUUCGAUGUUUCCUUGGACGAAACGCAGAUUGUAUAAACUUUUGCAGAAGGGCUCCAUUUAUAAUGUAUUUGAAGUCAGCCAUUUGAAAACCAACGGUUUUAAACUAUUGUUGCAAAGUAACAUUGACAUGAUCGCCCAUGAGCCAGUGGGAAUCACUAUUGAUUUAAAAAGGGAACCAAAAUGUUUACCCAGGUGAAUCUCAUGAAACUUUUCAAAAAAUGGUCACAAUUCACCCCAAAAUAAGUCUAGAUCGCAUCAAAUGAAGCCCGUUUUUGCAACCUCUUGAAGUUUUUGCGUUGUGAAUAUUAUUGUCAUGACAAUUAAACGGAGUAAUACUGUAUUGUAAGACAUAAUUAUAUAAAAAUAUAUUUUAAACCAAUGAGAAUGAGAAUUUUUUGCAAAUUUGGCCCGUUUCAAUGCAAACAAAUCUAAAAAUAAGUGCGUAAUUGUAUUUUUUUUUUUUUUUAGGUGAAAUAUGACUUACAUUUUUUUCAUGAGGUUCAUCUACCCAAUGCUGACUUUAAAAAAAUAAAUAAAUAAAAGAGUAUUUAUGAUCAGUGUCUAAUGAAAAGUUUCCUCACUGGAACUCUUUUUUUUUUUUUUUGUGAUUGUUGACUCUGUUCAGGGUUCGUUUUGAAAUACGAAUGUAGUACUAAUUAGUGUCAAAUGGUAAAAAAAAAAAAUAGGAAUUGAAAUCUGAAUUUUGACACUUGGUGCCUGAAACACCCAAGAUUGUAGUAUGUUUUCCCACAUGGAUAAGUGAUUAAUGGUACAUAAUGUUCCCUGGCAUGGUGGGGAGAGUAUGCGCCGUGCACAUAGACACGCAGUAGAUUUACAAGAAAUCAUUAUAUUACUGGAAACGUAAGGGUUGUGCACCAGCACAGGUUUUAGUGUUUUAGUCUCUAGCUGUAGGAUGUAGUUUUGAAAAGAAUGAUUGUGUGUUUGUGUUCAAGUGUGUCCAAAGAGAGUGCUGUCCACCUCAUUUCUGUGUUUGUUCCCACUGUAACUCAUUGCUUGCACUCAUGUAUUGACUAUUUUUCGUGAGAUGGGGUGUUGCAUUGUGGUCUUUUUUUACCAUGAUUCCUAACAUCGGGAUAUACAAUUGUUUUUGAUGAUUUCUCCCAUGUAAUCUCAUGAUAGACUGCUUAAAUUAAGGUACAUUUUAAAAUCAACCUGAAUAAGAAAGUAAAUGUUUGUAUAUUAUACUCCAUUAAGGAAUGUUUAGAAUAUUUCUCCAAUGUGGAUGUAGUUGUAAUACUUUUUUUUUUUUCUUCGUACAAGAAUUCACUGUGUGAAAUUUUGGAUUGCAUUUUUGUAUAAUACAAUUGCUUUUCUUCUUUGAGAGGGCGGGGGCAUAACUAACUGGAUUUUCGAAUUAGAUAUUGAAAAACUUGAAAAAUAUUUAAUAAGAAAUGUAUUUUAUGUGCAGCAGUGAUUCUGGCAUGGAUUAUGAUUAAAUGAUAUUGUAAACCA